ACAUGGUAGCCUUUUCCAAUUAUUUCCUAUUAAUCAGUACUACAAAUGAGAGAGAGGGGCAGAGGAGAGAGAGAGCUGUUUCUUCUCCACUAAGAGAGAGAGAAGAAUUGACUAGGGAUUGACGAUAAAGAAACAGCAAUGAGAGAGAAAUUGACUAGGCAUUGACGAUCAAAGUGUCCCUCUAUAUAUAUAUACACACAUAUAAUUAAUUAACUGAACUAUCUUCAACUGGUCUUUGUUUGUGUGAAAAUAGUAGCAGUUGAAGCCUCUGCGCUUUCUGGCACCAUAAAAUAUUCUAGCUUUUACCAACCAUGGUCUACCAUGUUUUUAUCCCGGUUGUGUUUCUUACUGUUCCUUUUAAGAUGUUAUUCCAGGAAGUCAGGAAAAGAAAAUGCUAUCAAACAGAUCAAGAGAAACCUUAACAUUCAAAAGCCAAUUUUGUAUAAAUAACUGAGACUGGAUGGGUAAGACAAUUAACGUGCAUGGAUUCCCGCAACGUGAGCCUGCAGAAGAAGUGAAGCGUUUUUUAGAGUGCUAUACGGGUGAUGGAACGGUAUAUGCUAUAGAGAUUUGGCAGUGUAAGAAAGGAAGAGGAGGUGCUAAAGUCCAAUUCACGAGCGACAAAGAUGCUGAUCAUAUCAUGUCCUUGGCUAAAAAACGCCUACGAUAUGGAUCUUCUUUUUUGAAGGCUUGGGACGUAAAGUCUGAUAUCAUUCCAAGACCAAGGACCUAUGUAAAUAACAUGGAAUCUGUAACCCUGCAUUUUGGAUGUCAGGUCUCAAGGGAUAAGUUUUCAGUGCUCUGGAAAAGUGCAAAUGUUUCUGUGAAAUUUGGGUUUGGACUGAGAAAAAUGUAUUUCUUCAUAUCCUAUCGAUCUGUUGACUACAAGCUUGAACUAUCCUAUGAAAACAUCUGGCAGAUUGAGCUACAUCGUCCACGUGGUCAACCAAAGUUUCUCCUCGUUCAGUUGCUUGGUGCUCCUCGGAUUUAUGAGAAACUAGAAGACUCUGUUUUCAGCUAUUUUAAGGAAAUUCCUGAUGACCAAUGGUUCAGGGCAACUGAUUUUACUCCAUCAUGCUGUAUCGGGCAAUCUUCUACUUUUUGUUUGCAGUUUCCGUAUAGUUUUCAACUUCCAGACUUAAGUGAAAAUUUUGCUUAUUAUAAAGAAUAUACAAACCCCUUCAUCUUAGAGAGUUGUUUUUCUUUUUCUCGCAAUUUGGAUCUUGUCCCCAUCAUUGGUCCUCCCCAAGGGCUUGAGUUGCCAUUUAAAAUAUUAUUUAAGGUAUGUUCCUUGGUUCAGCAUGGAUGUCUCCCGGGGCCAUCAGUUGAUAUCAAAUUUUUACGGUUGGUUGAUCCACUGAGAAUAUACAUUGAAUGCAUAGAACAUGCCCUGGAGAAGCUGUAUAAUUUAAAGGAAUGUUGCUAUGAACCUGUAAGGUGGCUCAAUGAGCAAUAUGCAAAAUACCUCAAGUCUAGGCAACUUCCUAAACCAACUGCCAUUACUUUGGAUGCUGGGUUGGUAUAUGUACGCAGGGUUCAAAUAACCCCAUGUAAAGUGUAUUUCUGUGGUCCAGAGGUUAAUAUGUCUAAUCGCGUGCUACGCAAUUAUUCUGAAGAUAUUGAUAAUUUUCUCCGGGUUUCUUUCAUUGAUGAAGAGCUGGAAAAAAUGCGUUCCACAGAUUUAUCCCCCCGUAUAACUUUAGCCAAUGGUGAAAGAAGAACUGCCAUAUAUAAAAGGAUACUAUCAAUUCUUAGAAAUGGCAUCAUUAUUGGCAAUAAGAAGUUCGAUUUUCUUGCCUUUUCAUCUAGUCAGUUGAGGGAAAAUUCUUUGUGGAUGUUUGCUUCAAGACCUGGUCUUACUGCUGCUAAAAUAAGAGGAUGGAUGGGUGAUUUUCGUCGGAUCAGAAACAAGGCGAAAUAUUCUGCCAGACUUGGUCAAUCUUUCAGUGCUUCCACUGAAACUUUGACUGUUGGUUUGCAUGAAAUUGAAAUUAUUCCUGAUGUAAAGCUUUUAAGGGGUAGGACCAGAUACGUUUUCUCUGAUGGAAUAGGGAAAGUUUCUUCUGACUUUGCACGGAGAGUUGCUAUUAAAUGUGGCCUUAAAAAUACUCCAUCUGCAUUCCAGAUCCGGUAUGGUGGGUAUAAAGGUGUUGUGGCUGUUGAUCCCACAUCGUCAGUGAAAUUGUCCUUGAGAGAAAGCAUGUCGAAGUAUGAUUCAGACAACAUAAAGUUAGACGUUUUGGCUUGGAGCAAGUAUCAGCCUUGUUUUUUGAAUCGCCAACUGAUCACUCUUUUGUCUACUCUUGGGGUUAGUGAUCAUUUUUUUGAAAAGAAGCAAAGAGAAGCUGUAGAUCAACUGGAUACUAUCCUAACAGAUCCACUGAAGGCACAGGAAGCAUUGGAGUUGAUGUCUCCAGGAGAGAACACUAACAUACUAAAGGAAAUGCUUAUUUGUGGUUAUAAGCCUGAUUCCGAACCAUUUCUCUCAAUGAUGCUGCAAGUAUUUCGGGCAUCAAAAUUGCUGGAACUGCGGACUAAAACAAGGAUAUUUGUUCCAAAUGGAAGAUCAAUGAUGGGAUGUCUAGAUGAAACCAGAACCCUAGAAUAUGGGCAGGUUUUUGUGCAAUUUUCUGGAUCUGGACGAAGGCAGUUUUAUGAAAAUUCCUCUCGUUUGUUCAAUGGUAGUGAUUCUGAUAAGUGUAAUUAUAUUGUUGAGGGAAAGGUGGUUGUUGCUAAAAAUCCAUGCUUGCACCCGGGUGAUGUUCGUGUCUUAAAGGCUGUAAAUGUACGAGCUUUAAACCAUAUGGUGGAUUGCAUAGUUUUUCCACAAAAAGGAAUCAGACCACAUCCAAAUGAAUGCUCUGGGAGUGAUUUGGAUGGAGACAUUUACUUUGUCUGUUGGGAUUCUGAUAUGAUUCCACCUCAGCAAAUCGAACCCAUGGAUUAUACCCCAGCACCAAGUAUAGAGUUAGAUCAUGAUGUUACAAUUGAGGAAGUCCAGGAGUAUUUCACGGACUAUAUCGUCAAUGACAGCUUAGGAAUCAUUGCCAAUGCUCAUACAGUCUUUGCUGAUAGAGAUCCUAACAAAGCAAUGGGCAAGCCUUGUGUAGAGCUCGCAAAGCUAUUUUCUAUAGCGGUUGACUUCCCAAAGACCGGUGUGCCAGCUGAGAUACCAUCUCAUCUACGUGUCAAAGAAUAUCCAGAUUUUAUGGAAAAGCCUGACAAGACCACCUAUGAAUCGCAGUGUGUGAUUGGAAAGCUUUUUCGAGAGGUGAAAGACAUCGCGCCACACAAAUGCUCUAUUAAAUCCUUCACCAGGGAAGUGGCAAGGCGGUCAUACGAUCCUGACAUGGAGAUAGAUGGUUUUGAGGAUUACCUUAGGGAUGCUUUCAAUUACAAAAGCGAGUAUGAUUACAAGUUGGUGAAUCUAAUGGAUUAUUAUGGCAUUAAAACUGAGGCUGAAAUACUCAGUGGUAGUAUCAUGAAAAUGUCAAAAUCAUUUGACAAGAGGAAGGAUGCGGAAGCCGUUGGUUUGGCUGUUAGGUCCUUGAGAAAGGAAGCCAGAACUUGGUUCAACAAGAAAGGAAGAGAGUCUGAUGAUGAUGAAUAUGCAAAAGCAUCAGCUUGGUACUUUGUUACGUAUCAUCAUACUUAUUGGGGCUGCUAUAACGAGGGAAUGGAUCGGGAUCAUUUCCUUAGUUUUCCAUGGUGUGUUUAUGACAAGCUCAUCCGCAUCAAGAAGGAUAAAUCAAAUGGUGAAAGCGCUCUUAAUAUGCAUUCACUUGGACAAAGAUUCAGUUACGGUUUGAAUUUGGGUUGAGAAAUUCAGAUCACGUCAGUUCCAUGAUUUAGAAUUUGAAGCAUGUGAAGAUAACUGUAUUGUUUUCCUCAACCAGCUUAGCAUGUUCAUAUAUUUAUCCAUUCUACGUUUGCUUGUUAACUUUAGUGUAUAUUUGUUUGGAAUAUUACAUGUGUAUAUGCACUGUAUUUGUGGUUAUUUGAUCUUCCUGAACCUGAAACUAUGUUGUUUGUAAAUUGUAAUCGUUGGAAAUCAUAUCUAUAAGUUGACUCGAUGAUUGUGACAGAUUUAUUGGGUGUUCAUUAAAGGCUAAUGUUUAGACUUUUGUUUAGGGAUUUGAUUUUUA